UGGAAGGCUGCAGGACGCGACCUCUUCGACUUGGUGUGUAGAACAAUAGGCUUAAGAGAAGUGUGGUACUAUGGCCUCCAAUACGUCGACUCCAAGGGUUACGUGGCUUGGUUGAAAAUGGACAAGAGGGUCCAGCACCAAGACAUUCCAAAGGAAUCUCCAGUUCCGUUUUUGUUUCUCGCCAAGUUCUACCCGGAGGAUGUGGAGGAAGAGCUGGUGCAGGAGAUCACGCGACACCUGUUCUUCCUGCAGGUGAAACAGAGCAUCCUCAGUAUGGACAUAUUCUGUCCUGCCGAGGCUUCUGUGCUUCUCGCCUCCUACGCUCUACAGGCCAAGAAUAAGAAGGACUCGGAAGUUUGGCUCGGUGUGACAGCGCUGGGACUGAACAUCUAUGAAAAAGAAAACAAGCUCGUGCCAAAAAUCACAUUCCCCUGGAGCGAAAUCAAGAACAUCUCGUUCACCGACAAAAAGUUUACCAUUAAACUAGUAGAGAAAAGUUCACCCGACUUUAUUUUCUAUUCGUCGAAGCUGCGCACAAAUAAAUUGAUUCUCGAGCUUUGCGUAGGAAACCAUGACCUAUUUAUGCGAAGACGGAAACCGGAUUCGAUGGAAAUCCAACAGAUGAAGGCUCAGGCCAGGGAGGAGAGAGCACGGAAACAGAUCGAGAGAGAGAAGUUCACGAAGAUGAAGCAGAUGUACGAGGAGAGCUUCCGCGAGAAGGAGGAGCUGCAUCGGAGGCUGCUACAGGUCGCAGAGGAAGCAAGACUUGCCCAGGAAGCCAUGCGACAGGCAGAGAAGACGAUAGAUCUGCUGGCAGAGAAGGCGAAGGUGGCGGAGGAGGAAGCUCUUCUCCUCACACAGAAAGCCGCCGAGGCCGAGGUCGAGAUGCAGCGGGUGCAGAUAGGUGCGAUAAAGACCGAAGAGGAAAAAAUGCUUAUGGAACAGAAGGCGAGAGAGGCAGAGAUGAUUGCACGACAGAUGGUAGAAGACUCUGAACAAAGAGCACAGGAGGCAGACAUGCUUAAAGAAGAACUGAUCAAAGCGCGAAUAGCGGAGAAGGUGGCAAGAGACAGGCUGGCAUCACUGGCUGAGAGCGCUGGGUUUACUUACUCGGUGCCAAGGAACGACUACGCCGUUCAGGCUAGCAGCUUUGUGGUGCCACCUAGUGGACUGUCCGGCAUCACGUCCGUCAGUCUCCCUGUCGUAGCGGAGGAGGACCUGUGUCAUGACGACGCCGGCAGCGCGGGGGAGACGACGGAGCUGAUGAUGGAACAAGACAUGGCCAUCGAGGACCUCUCACUCGAGAUCGAGAGAGAACGGGUUGAGUAUGUGGAGAGAAGUCGGAGUCUGCAAGAUCAGCUAAAUGAUCUGAAGUCUGAGAUUGAAGAGCUGAAGUUAGAGGACAGACAGACGAGCAUGGACAGAUUACACGAAGAGAAUCACCAGAAUGGCGAAACGAAGUUCAUCACCUUGAAAAAGAUCCGGUCUGGCACUACUAGGGCACGAGUUGCCUUCUUUGAAGAGUUGUAGACAGAGAAUACCUGGAGGAUCUCUGGGGGAUACCAGAGGGAUAACUGUGGCAUUUCUGGUAGGAAUGCAGGAAAAGCUGUGAAUUGUGUUUUGCACUGUCAUACUCAUUCCUAUUCUACAUAUCCAUGUUCCUCCUGUUUCUUUCUGUCUCCCUUUCUCCGCCCCAUUCUUUCUCUCUUUUUAUCUCACUAUCUCUUCCCUUUUUGUCACUCUUGGCUGUUCUCGCUCUUUGUUUCUUUGUGUCUGUAUUCAUCAUCAUCGUCAUCCUUUCCUUGGUUAUGCCUUCUCUAUCACAGUUUUGAUUCUAAUGUUUAUUAGCUUGAUCUCGUCACUGAAUCACGAUUCAGCGGAAAGCGUCAAAUUCAACGCACGUCCUUCUGCCACACAGGGUCGGCUACCGUCCACUAACCUGCUGCAUUCUGGUGCCUUAAUUUACGCUUAAUUUAUACGUCUAAUUAUGCAUUGAAAUCCCCAGUGCCUAUCAUUCUGCAAAGUCAAAGGAUGUUGCAAAAGUUCGAGGAACCUAUUUCAUGCGAAUACAUUAUUAUUUUACUGAGUUUAUACGUCCAAUUAUGUCUUGAAAUCCCAAGUGCCUAUCAUUUUGCAAAGUCAAAUGACGUUGCAAAAGUUCGAGGAGCCUAUUUCAUGCGAAUACGUUAUUGUUCCAUUAUUGCUGCGUAGCAAACUUUUCGCUUUGCAAGGCCCUGCGGCAAUACUAUCCAAUGCACCACAUCAAUCCGUGUGAUUGUGUGUUGCGUGGGAGGGGGGGGGGUGAGGGGAACCUUGAAGUACAACGUAGCCUAAGCAUAUACCUCUAUGGAACUAUACAAUGAAGAGCAACAGCAAUUUUUGUGAUUUAUUGCGAGUGGUUUUUAUAUAUAGGGUUGUUUCUACCCAGAUAUCUCGUAGGUCCUGUUGUUUAUUGGUUCUACGGGUUGAGCAAUCCCGUGCCUUGUUUCAAAAUAAUCUUCAAGAAUCUGUAGUUGUUUGCGAUAGUAUUGUCGCAGGGUCGUCGGCACGCAGAAACCCCUGUCAGACAGAAGGCGUCUCUGACGUCAGAGAUUAGAUCACUGAUUUCGCUUGUCUAUGUCGUUCAUGCGCUUAUCUUGGUUGUAAAUAGUCUGAUGCGCUUGACAUAAAUUUCGUGCUGACAAGUGGACAGCUCUAUUUAUUGUCGGCGAAACGAGAGCGAUACUCGCGCGUGGCGAGAGAGUGAGCUCACGUCAAAAGAAGGGUGUGCUAGAUCGCAUCAGAAGAUAAAACACUCAUUGUCGAUUUGGUUACCUCUUAACACUACAAUUAAGCUUCCAUGUAUGCUCUGAUUUAUGCUACAAUUAUGCUUCCAAUUAUGCUUCAAUUUGCACUAAAUUUAUACUUCCAAUUAUGCCUUGAAAUCCCCAGUGCCUAUUAUUCUGCGCAUCCAGUCAAAGGAACCUAUUUAAUGCGAAUACAUUAUUGUUCCACGGAACUUGUUUUGUGUUCCAUGUAACGUGUUGUAUUCCCAUGGAAUUAUGUUCUCUGAAUGUCUGAUCAAAACAUUUUGGUUUCCAUCUGAUUUCUCGCUGAGCAUUCGUGCCAAAAUUCGAGUUGUGACUACCAAGAAGAGCCGAGUGCGGUUGAAUCUGGUGUUUUCUGCUUGCGUGUGUGUGAUUCGAAGUGUUUAUUUUGCGAGGUGGAGUGCGGGCACUUCCCGGAACAGCACUGGUGCAGCUCUCGCGUGUAUCUAAGAAGAAUCGAGGCAUCCCGUGUGGGGAUGCAGUAGAUCUAGAGUUGCUUUGCGAAAGAGCAAUGAUUGGAGUUGAACUCUAAGGCAUCUUCUGUAAUCUAUUGUUGUAUACCGAAACAUAGGUCGUAUGCAAGAGUAAGAUAAUAACCCACUUAUUAUUUUAAGAGUAAGAUAAUAACCCACUUAUUAUUUUAAGAGUAAGAUAAUAACCCACUUAUUAUUUUACUCUUGUUAUUAUCUUACGCUUGGUCGCAUGCAAGAGGAGUAUAUUAUAGAAGGUGUACAUGUACAGUAUUGGUAUGGGUGCGUGCGUGCGUGCAUGAGUGUGCGUGUGUAGAUGUGUGUUUGUGUGAUGUGUAUGCACGUGUUCGGUAACAUUUUACAAAUUCACUCUCACCAGAUAUUUUAAUUUGUCUAUACCUUUUAUUAUUCUGCAGUUACUCUUGCAGAUGGGUUGUCGUACAAACCCAGGUCAUGUCAUCGUAGAGGUGUUGUUAAGGGAGCACACUUAGUUCCUACCUGUACAAAAGACCACGUUUAUCACUGCUAUCGACUCCACUGUCAGCGUGGCACCUUAAGACGGUGUGAAAAAUUCAAGCGAGUUGGGUUUUUUCGGUUAAUAUUUCGUAAGCUAUGUUGUCUAGACUAGCUAUUUCAGGUUGUGAUCAGCCAAUUCUAUAUCUGUGCACUAGUUAUGUUGUUCAGACUGGCUAUUUCAGGCUGCAUCCAGCAAUGAUGGGUAGCCGUGUAUCAAGGAGCAGUAGUUUGGCAUGCAGUGCAAUGGCACAGCUAGACACACAAGUUUAUACCAACUGUAGUAUUUCCCAAAUCGCAAGUGCAAUUCAUCAUAUAUUGAGGUGACACCUCACCAUUCCUCAUCCUUUGUUUCUGCCUCUGUCUCCUCCUCCCCCCCCCCCUCACACACACUCUCUCUCUCUCUCUCGUAACGAUUACCACUAUACUUCUAUGUUUUUACCUAACUCUUACUAUCCUCUCUCUCGGUUACUCGAGUAUUUCUAGUUGUCAGUGUGGACUUCCGUCCACAUCCUAGUUUACCUGCUCACGUUACCUGAAGCAAUGUGCCUUAACAGGUCAUGAGAUUUGUAAUGUCGUCCCAAUUACUAUUUACUCGUACGCGGCUUACUCGCGAGAGCAAGCAGAUGUUACGCCAUAAAACGUGGUGCUGGCAUCAAUCGGCUGCUUGACGUGUACUGGCCGGGGUAUAGAUUGUAGAAGUCUUUUUUUUAAAGGGUUCGUUACUGUGCGGUCUUGUACCAUUAUCGUCAUUGUGCCAGUAUCUUUUUCGUCACUGUCGUCAUGCCAUCAUCAUCUUUAUCUUCCCGCCAUCGUUAUCGUCGUCAUCAUCAUCAUCAUCAUCCUCAUCAUCAUACCAUUAGCAUUGUCGCCAUCAUUGCCAUCGUACUGUCUUCAUCCAUUCCAUCAUCAUCGUCAUCGUCUCAUCAUCGUCAUCGUCUCAUCAUCAUCAUCGUCUCAUCAUCAUCAUCGUCUCAUCAUCGUCAUCGUCUCAUCAUCGUCAUCGUCUCAUCAUCGUCAUCGUACCAUCAUUGCCGCCGCCGGACCAUCGCGGAGUACUUGAUCUCGCACGCAGCAGGAAGUACGAAGCGUUUACAUUACGCUUAUGAAGCCAGUGAUGAGAACUGUACAUGUGCCCUGUGUUGGUCAGUCAUGUCGCGAUCGAAGAACGAGAGGUCACUUUGCCGAAACAGUGUGCGCGCGUUGAGAUGGUUGUGAAAUCUUCUUGGUUCGUGUAUUCCGUCGAUUGUCUGUCUACUGGCGUGAGUGACUGACUCAUUCGUUAUGCAGCUACGCUCGAGACACGUUAGUAGUAAGCAACAGGAAAAAGGUAUGGUGGUAGGCCGUUGCGCGUGAUUGGGUGGGAAGCAAAUAGAACAGUCGAUACAAAUGUUGUCAAGGUAACCAGUAGAAGAUAUAUAGUCUACAGGCGAUAGUAGACAGACUGAAGUUUAUGACAUGUUGGUGCUUUAUGAUACCCAGCGAUCAGUAUUUUUGUAGAAAGUUUCUGAUAUCACCGUGAAAUGUGAACUAUUUUCGGUACAGAAGAUGGUGGUGUUUUUUUAUAUUUGAUUGUAAAGUAUUGUAGUUUUACAGUAAAAGAUAUAUAAGUUAAUAAUGUAA